AUGUUCACUGCCGCCGCCGCCACCCGGCGGCUCCCUCCGCAGCGGCGGCGGCGGCGGCGCCCCCUCCCGUCACACACAGACGCCGAGAGGCGCGGCGGCGGCGGCGGCGGGCGGGGCGGUGUAGGCGCUGCUGCUGCUGCUGCUGCUGCUGCUGCGGGCGCCCCCUCAGGAGCACCCGGCGAGGGGCAGCAGGAGAGAAGCCCUGGCGCUAUCGUCGGUGCUCGUGGUGCUGCCGCCACUGCCGCCGUCGCCGGGAAUCACACGGGCGCCUCGGUCCCAGGCUGCAGUUCUUGUUGCCAUGAUGAUGAUGUCACGGACGCAACCACUGGGGGAGGGGCGGGGGGAGUGCGUGUGUGUGGAGCGCAGGGAGGGCUGUGUGUAGUAGGGGGGGAGGGGUGCGGCGGGAGGAGGAGGAGGGAGCGGGGCGGGCGCCUGGGCGGGACACGGGGUGGGGAGGGGGGCGAGAAGGUGUUUUCUCCCCCGCCCCUGGGCAGGAGGCUGGCGGAAAGCAGGGCCCGUGUCGGGCGCAAGGGAUCGAUGACUCGGCCGGUGGGCAAGGCCACCUGGGAGAGGGGCGGUGGAGCACCGAUGUCAUGGAUGGACACCGAGAGGGCUCGCGGGAGAGAGGGGGCGGGGUGGGGGCACCCAGUGUUCAGGGCCGUUGAGGCGGCUCUGUGGGCCUGGCCGGAGCGGCGACGUUCCCGCUUGCCUCGCCGGCCGCCAUUUCAUAUCCUGCAGAGGAGGCGGGGGCAACCGCACAGACGAUUUUUCACAAGGAUUUGUCUACAGCUACGAAACUCGAUAUGCCAUCAGCUGGGCAGGAAGCCCCAGUCUUGUCUCAAGGGCUGGCUGAGUGCCCUGCAAUCUCCCGUGAGCGUCUGGGAGCCCAGAGCUGAAUGGGACGGCGAAGAGAGGCAGAAAGGGAGCCCGCUCAGGGCGGACUAGCUCCUGCUGCCGGUUUCUCAAGAUGUGAUUCGUUUUCAUUCUUGGCACUUCAGAGCAUCUGAAAGUCACUAACUCCUUGAUCCUGGGAGAAGCAGCCAUUAACUCUUGCCAUCUUAGCACCCUCCGAAAAUGCAUAGCCCUGAGUGAAGAAUCUUUCUCCCCGACUUGAGCGUACCAUGCCCAGCCUCAGCAGCCCACGCAGCAGAGUAACGGUGCCAUGCCACCUCCCCCCUCUCCCCCCAUGAACAAAGACUGGGGUGGCUUUUGUGGAUCAAAGCUAGGCUGGCAACCCAACAACUAGCCUGAUUUCAGAAAAUACUGCGUCCUUACUUGAAAGUAAAACCAGGAACUCAUCGCAUUGAAAAUAUCUUGCCAUUGCUGGCUUCUCCCAUCGCGGGAUGGUGGUGGGGGGAUAGAGAAAGGCCACAGCAGGGUCUUGAUACCCCCCACAGAAACAGGUUAGCCUUUCUGAAGCCCUGCACCAGCCCCACCCAUCAGCUAGAGCCUGGACUGACAGCGAGUAAUCAUCCCAAGGAAGCAACAGCCAUGCAAAAAACACAGUGGUGCUUUGGAAAAGGUUAAGAAGUCCAUGUACACGCCCUCUAAUGAUGCAUCUCGUCACAGUCAUCACCCUCACGAGGGGUCAGCAUGUGUCUCACCGUUUCCUUCCCAUCCCGCUAAAGGCCCCCACACACUGACUGCUGGGGCAGGGGUGGUUUCCAGCUCCUGAGGAGCGGGCAACGCUGGCUCCCGGAGCCGGGGUGCCUGCCAGUUCUCUGGCCCAUGUUGAUUUUGGUAGCAAAUGUGUGGGGACGAUCCUUCCUUCCUGGGUAACCCAAAUAGGAUGUGAACUAACUCAAGAAAUCCCUGGUUUUCUCCAUUAUUGUCCAGAACUAACACUGGUGCCUACAGUCAAGGCAGCCGGGCCCCGGGUGACUUGCCUGGGCCCCCGUGCCUCGCUCCAGCUUUUGGCCUGGAGAGCAGAAAGUCAGGAGGAGGCAGAGCCCCUGUGAGGCCUUUGAUGGGUGCUGGCUUGAGGGGAGGGGUGCAGGGAGGGCAGAAAAGUACGAAGGAACCAAGUCCUUUUCCUCCACGGGCUAACGAACUGGUAGCAGGACGUAAAAUUUAUAUAGGUGAAUUAUCAGCGAACAAAACAAUCUUCUAAGACCACCCACUACGGCUACCCCUCCGGGAGUACCUUACCCUUGUUUUGUUAGAAGAGAAUUUAGACCUGGUGAGUUCACCCUCCACCCGCCCUGCCCCCAAACACUUGACUAUGAAGAAAUCCAGGCUCCAGGAGCCAAAAUCAAUUGCCUAAGUCAUGGCACUCCAAGGAGUGGAGCAAGAACUUGAAACCAACUUUCUCGUCUUCCUUUGUAUUAUUUAUUUGGCCUCUUUCCUCCAGUUCCUUUAAAAUAAUAAUAAUAAUAAUAAUAGCCUCCUAAUCCACAAGACCACCUUGAACUUGAAACUCCCAGGAAGCCUGAUCAGCUUCUAAGGUCAAGGACUAGCAUUUAUCCCCUUCGCUGGUUGCUUUUAGCGCCAGCAGUGGUCUGGACCGCUGCUUGGGAGGCGGGUGGGGGCUGCGGGGGAGAGGCCCGGGAGGCAGCUCGCAACUUCCUGGCCCAAGAAUGUCAUGUUGAUUUUUUUUUAAAACCCCCCCCACCCCCGCAGGAAACUGGGAUAGAGAAAAUCUGGGAGUUUUCCUUCCCAGGCUGCCGCUGGCUGACGUGUUCUGAGGCUGGAAGCCAAUGACUUAAUCCUUGCCAUCCCUGGCUCCCUCCUCGGAGAAAUGGGGCUUGAUUUCUUGCUCGAAACUUGUGGGGACACCAAGUACCUAAACAAAUGGUUCCCAGGCAGCUCUGAAAAGUACCGGCGUGCGUGCCUCCUCUCCCCCAAACAGCUCAUCGCGCCUGGCCCGUCUGGAACCCUAAACCAGCGGCACGUUCCCGAAGCACAGAGUCAGCUGUCAUUUUCCCAGCCCCAGCCGCUCUCCGCACGAACAAGUGAAGUUUCAAGGCCGGCAGGGGCGGUAGGCAGAGGCCAGGAAGGCGGAACGUUUCAAGAGAGGAGAAAAGACAGCGUUUUGGAAAAUGGGUCAGUGGUGAAGCAAUCAGGCCGGCGCGCAGCAAAGCCGGGUAAACUUACCUUAGA